UCGCGCUGUCUCUCUCUCCAUUUGUCAAUUUCGGGCUUCUGUUCUUUUUUUGUUUAUGCUUCUUCGAUGAUCUUGAUCUUUUAUGCUAUCCUUUUUGGGAUCUGACUUUCUUUUAACGAGAUUCUAUAAACGGAAAGCCUCGCAUUUUAAGAAAAUUUCUGUUUUAAGAAAACUGUUGUUAGAUUCAAUCAUCAUUUCAUCUACCAAACUGACCGUUAAAGAAUCAAAGUUUCCUUCUUUUUGAUACUGAUUUUGGUGGAUCAUUUGCAGCUUGAUGUGAUUGAUCACUUGCUGGAGACUCAGGCAUUGGCAUUGCUCAAAGUAGAGUUUCGAUCGGCUCUGUUUGGAUGCCGGUAAAAGAUACUGCGGUAAAUUUCGGUUUGGUUUGGAUUAGGAGUUCAAUUUUGGGUCGAAUAAAAUUCAUAUUGAUUUUCGUGGUUUUUCUCUACUACUGGUUAUGGUGGAUUUAUAGUGAUCUUGGAUUUUUUACUGUUUGUUUAUCUGUUGCUUGUGAUGGUUGGGGAAAGAACAGUGCGGGGAGGAGUGUAGAGCAGGUGGUUUCAAUGCUUGUUGGACUAAUCCGGAUUCAUGGUAACAUAUGUAGAAGCUUAUAUGUUAAGCUAAAGGGAUUGGUUAUUUAGUGGUUUUCCAUACUUCAAUUCUUUAAAGCUUUGGACAUGAGAAGCCCCAGCCUCAAUAAACUAUCUAUCAUUUUCGGCCCUAGACCACCAAUCAGUUGGCUGUUAUUGUGCUUUGUCAGUGUGCUUGUGUUAAUUGCGGUCUUUGGAUCGUCAUCUUCUAAUUCCUUUGACUCUGUAACUUUCACUCUGGUACCUGAGAUUUAUACAAACUAUAGAAGGCUAAAGGAACAAGCGGCAGUUGAUUAUUUUGAGCUGAGAACUCUCUCUUUUGGAGCUAGUCGCCAAAGGGAACUUGGCUUUUGUGGCAAAGAAAGAGAAAAUUAUGUUCCUUGUUACAAUGUCACAGCAAAUUUGUUAUUAGGGUUUAAAGAUGGAGAGGAGUUUGAUCGACAUUGUGAAGUGUCAAGACAAGGAAAGUGGUGUUUAAUUGGCCCUCCGAAGGAUUUUAAGAUUCCACUCCGUUGGCCUGCUGGAAGAGAUGUCAUAUGGAGUGGAAAUGUCAAGAUAACCAAAGAUCAAUUCCUUUCUUCUGGAAGCAAGACAAAGAGAAUGAUGUUGCUAGAAGAGAAUCAACUUGCUUUUCACUCUGAAUAUGGCUUAGUCUUUGAUGGUGUCAAAGAUUAUUCUCGCCAGAUUGCAGAGAUGAUGGGACUGGGAAGUGACUCUGAAUUUUUUCAAGCCGGUGUUCGCACUGUACUUGAUAUUGGUUGUGGAUUUGGAAGUUUUGGAGCUCAUUUAGUUUCGCUAAAGUUGAUGGCUCUUUGUAUUGCUGCAUAUGAGGCAACCAGAAGCCAAGUUCAAUUAGCACUUGAGAGAGGUCUUCCAGCAAUGAUUGGAAAUUUCAUAUCAAGACAGCUGCCAUAUCCAUCAUUGUCAUUUGACAUGGUUCAUUGUGCUCAGUGCGGUAUUGUUUGGGACAAGAAAGAGGGGAUGUUUCUUAUAGAAGUAGAUCGGUUACUCAAGCCUGGAGGUUAUUUUGUUUUAACCUCACCCGCAAGUAAGCCAAGUGGAAGUGCAACAGGUACAAAGAAAAUAAACAUGUUAACACCACUGGAACAAUUCACUCAAAAAAUUUGUUGGAGUCUUAUUGCUCAGCAGGAUGAAACCUUCAUCUGGCAGAAAACUGCUGAUACACAUUGCUAUUCUUUUCGCAAGCAGAAUGAUGUACCCCUUUGCAGAGAAGGUGAUGAUGCUCCCUAUUAUCAUGCCUUGAUGCCAUGUAUUACUGGAACUUCCAGCAAACGCUGGAUUCCUAUUCAGAACAGGUCCUCUAGCUCAUAUUUGAGCUCUGCGGAGCUUGAAGUUCAUGGAGUCAGUUCAGAAGAUUUCUUUGAAGACUUGCAAGUUUGGAAAUUAGCUUUAAAAAAUUAUUGGUCUUUGCUUACACCAUUAAUUUUCUCUGACCAUCCCAAGAGGCCAGGUGAUGAAGAUCCAUUGCCUCCAUUUAACAUGGUACUCAAUGUGAUGGACAUGAACGCUCAUUAUGGGGGUUUAAAUGCUGCAUUCCUGGAGGAAAAGAAAUCAGCGUGGGUGAUGAAUGUUGUGCCUGUUUGGGCACGCAAUACGCUUCCUCUCAUUCUAGACCAAGGUUUUCCCGGCGUUUUGCACAACUGGUGUGAACCCUUCCCAACAUAUCCUCGAACAUAUGACAUGCUUCAUGCAAAUGGGCUCCUCUCACAUCUCACUUCAGAGAGGUGCAGUUUGAUGGACUUAUUUGUAGAGAUGGAUCGAAUUCUGCGUCCUGAGGGUUGGGUUGUGCUCUCUGAUAAAUUGGAAGCUAUAGAGUUGGCGCGUUCACAUGCUACACAGAUACGAUGGGAUGCAAGGGUGAUUGACCUUCAGAAUGGUAGUGAUAAGCGGCUACUUGUCUGUCAGAAACCAUUUGCGAGAAAAUGAUUGAUCUAGCACCAGAAGGUCUCGAGACUGUGGAAGUGUAAAACUUUUUUUUGAUCUGAGGAUGAACUAUAGGCAGCAUCACAAUGUGAGAUAUGCUCUAGAGUCUCAACAGGUUUGAUAUUAAUGACUGAACAAG